CCUUUUUCCCCAAAUACAAAGCUUCCUGUCUCCUCCUCUGCACUCUGCAUCUCUCUCUCUCUCUCUCCUCUCUCUCUCUCUCUCUAGCGCCGCCUCCGAUGGCGGCCUUGAUCCGCCUCUCCUCGCGGCCGUCCGCCCUCUCCGCCGCCGCCUCCCGCGUCGCCGCCCGAUGCUUCGCCUCGGCUUCCGCAUCCCAAGCCACGCCUACCUCUUCCUCCGCUCCGUUGUUCGCCUUCUCGGCGAGCUCUGGUUCGGCCGGCCGCAAGGAUGCCGAGCACAGGAACGUGCAGUGGGUGUUCCUCGGCUGCCCCGGCGUCGGCAAGGGCACCUACGCCAGCCGCCUCUCCGUCCUCCUCGGCGUCCCCCACAUCGCCACCGGCGAUCUCGUCCGCGAGGAGCUCUCCUCCUCCGGCCCUCUCUCUCUUCAGCUCAAGGAGAUCGUGAAUCAAGGUAAAUUGGUAUCUGAUGAAAUAAUCAUAAGCUUAUUGUCCAAGAGGCUUGAGGCUGGAGAAGCUAAAGGUGAAUCAGGAUUUAUUCUUGAUGGGUUCCCACGCACGACAAAGCAAGCGGAAAUUCUGGAAGGGGUGAUGGACAUUGACUUGGUGGUCAACUUGAAACUCCGUGAAGAUGUCUUACUGGAGAAAUGUCUUGGAAGAAGAAUAUGCAGUCAGUGUGGCAAGAAUUUUAAUGUGGCCAGCAUUAAUGUCAAGGGUGAGAAUGGGAAACCUGGAAUUAGUAUGGAUCCUCUUCCACCGCCUCCACAUUGCAUGACAAAGCUCAUUACUCGGGCUGACGAUACUGAAGAAGUAGUGAAAGAACGGCUUAGGAUCUAUUAUGAAAAGAGUCAACCUGUAGAAGAUUUCUACCGGAGGCAAGGAAAGCUUCUGGAGUUUGACCUGCCAGGCGGGAUUCCAGAAUCAUGGCCAAAGUUGCUGGAAGCUCUUAAUCUUGAUGAUUAUGAGGAAAAACAGUCUGCCACAGCGUGAGUGCGUUGCACACUUAAAUAUUCUAAGUACCAUUCUUUGCACAGACAUUGUGCCUGUUGAGCAAUUUUAUGUGGGGAGAUCUUUUUCCCUUUUUGUUUCUUUAGAAUAAAGGAACUUAAAAAUUUCACCUGUUCACUUUUUCAAAUGCCUUUUUAGGUCUGGAUUUUGUAGGGAUGGUCUUUCUCCUUUUUUCUUUUCUCUGCGAGAGAGAGAGAGAGGCUGAAACUCAAGUUCUUAGAGGCUGAAACUCAAGUUCUUAGGCUUUUUUUCAUUGACUUUGAGAGGUUAGAUAAGGACCUAUGAAGGUAAGUUGUACCUUAGAUAGCCAAAAGCCAUGUAAUCUUUUCAUUUUUUGUUUGUUUUCAUUACAACGGUAUAUUAAGACAUGCAACAUGUUGUCUAGUUUUAUAAAAGAAGAAAUAAAAAAGCAAUAGCAUGCAUGUUGUCAGAUGCAUUGCUCUUUAUUUUUGCAUCUUUUGUUAAACAUUGCUAUAAGCAAUUGUUCUUGAUGAUGAUGAAUGUUCUCUCAUAUAUCUGUAGUCUCAGAUGUAAUAAUUGUUGCAAGUAACAUAAUUAUUUCUAGACAGUGCAUUUUAUUUUAUCCUUUGGUAUGCUUUUAAUUGAUAAAGCAGAAUUAAGAGAUUGUAGGUCAGUUAUGGCAUUUUUCCUGUCAUGUUUCCACUUCUUUUGGCUAUGUCAAUGCUAACGAUACUCUACCCCUAACCACUUUCCCAUUAUAGUACUUUGCUUGAUGAAGAAUAGACGUUGCAGCUGCUUAGUGUGCUGGGAAUACUCCGCUAAGGGAGUGGGGGACAUUGCAGCUGGCCGAGUUGGUUGGCCCUAGUAUGGCCAGGCAGUAAGUUAAUACAGCUGCAUAAAUCAAUGGGCACAAAUACCAGCUCUUUACUGCAAGAGUUCGAGCAGUGCAAAGAUAGAUGGUGCCUUACACUACUGCAAAAUACUUGUGAGGAUCUAGUCCAUUGCAGCUGGCCGAGCUGGUUGGCCCUAGUAUGGCCAGGCAGUAAGUUAAUACAGCUGCAUAAAUCAAUGGGCACAAAUACCAGCUCUUUACUGCAAGAGUUCAAGCAGUGCAAAGAUAGAUGGUGCCUUACACUACUGCAAAAUACUUGCGAGGAUCUAGUCCACGGUGAACCGGGUUAGUCGGAACCAUUGAUCAUGGUUGGUUCCAUGUGAACUUUGUUUGAUCAAUGGUUGUGAUUGACUCGGUCCAUGAUGAAUUAGGUCCUUGAAAGAAUUUCCCCCCUACUCCACACACUUACUAAAAUGUUUAUUGACCUUCACUUUUGCAGAGUUUGUAGAUUUACGGCCUCAUUUUGCUUUCCUAGUUAGUCACAAUAAUGUCACAUUUUCAGGUCCCCUCGUGGGAAUGUCUGGGGGUUAGGGUUGUUGUUUUUUUAACAAGUCGCUGUUGCCCAACCAUGACAGUUUCACAAAAUACUGUCGCGGUGGUUUGGAAAUUAGACUAUUGACGUGUGUGUUUUUGGAGGUGUAACAAGGAUGAUCAUAUCGAUGGAGUAACAUAGAUGCAAUUUAUAUUGCGUUGUCUUGCA